AAAGAGGAGGAGCAGCCGAAGACGAGGCCAGGCAGGCAGCAGUCCAGGAAAUCAGGGAUCUAUCGGAUCCACCGCCGUCCGUCCGUCCGUCCGUGCGUCCUAUAAGACGAGCCACCGCCCCUCGCCCAGAUUCCCAAAUUCCUCCAUCGACCUGCCUGCCUGCCUCCCGCGAGAGUCCUCCACUCCACAACAACCAUCGAGAAGGAGCGCGCGCGCGCGCACGCACGGAGGCGGCCGCGAUCUCUCGCCCACCCACCACUCGCGCCAUGGCUUCCACCAAUGGCGGCUUUGUCAGUCCUCUUGCAGCGACCGUUCCAGUUGAGGCGGUUCUAUUUGACAUUGAUGGUACCUUGUGUGACUCGGAUCCUCUUCAUCACAUCGCUUUCCAAGAAUUGCUUCUUGCGAUUGGGUACAACAAUGGUGUGCCGAUUGACGAUGAGUUCUUCAUAAACAACAUCGCUGGAAGAAGCGAUGCUGAAGCUGCCCAGAAUUUGUUCCCAGACUGGCCCCUCGAAAAGGGGCUGAAAUUCCUAGAAGACAAAGACGUCAAAUACAGAAGUUUGGCGAUGGAGCACCUAGAGCCUGUAAAGGGCCUCCACAAGCUGGUUCAGUGGGUGAAAGAUCACGGCUACAAGCGUGCCGCAGUAACCAAUGCCCCAAGGAUCAAUGCAGAGCUCAUGAUCAAACUUCUUGGUCUAUCAGACUUCUUCCAGGCCGUGAUAGUUGGAGGUGAAUGCGAGAAGCCAAAGCCCGCGCCCUUCCCGUACCUGAAGGCCCUCAAGGAGCUCGAAGUGUCCGCAGCACACACCUUCAUCUUCGAGGAUUCCGCUUCAGGGACACGCGCAGGUGUUGCCGCGGGAAUGCCCGUCGUCGCCGUCUCGACGAGGAACCCGGAGAAGUCCCUACAGGAAGCCGGGGCCGCAUUGAUCAUCAGUGACUAUGAAGACCAGAAACUGUGGAACGCGCUCGAGGAGAUCAACAGAGAGGAAGCGAAGCUAAAGAAUGGUGGGGCGUGAGACGAUGAUGGUGAUGAACAGUUGAUUGACCACUGCAAAUUUACCCAUUCUUAUUAUUUAUAAGGGAAUCUACGCCCUGAAGUUAUUAUGGUAGGACAGAGCUCAUCUAGGUAUUUUGAGCUAUUAGUUUGAUAUAUGUUUCUUUUGGUUCUCUAGUAGAGAAUCAAAUAAAAAACUUUAGUGCCCGACACAUGACAUUUGUUUGGUUGAUGGGACCUAUGAAAAUGGCAUAUCUGUCAGGCUCAUUGCCUACUAGCUCUGAA